AUGUCGAUGCUUCCGGCCGACGUUACGGCAGAGCUUGCCCAGCUCCUGCAGGCUCUGCAAUCGGCCGACAACAGCAUUCGCUCCCAGGCCGAGGAGCACUUGACGACCAACUGGACCAAUACACGACCCGAGGUCCUCCUGAUGGGCCUGGUCGAGCAGAUUGGCGGCUCAACAGAUGCUGCGAUCCGAUCCUUCGCUUCUGUCAUCUUCCGCAGAAUUGGUUCCAAGGUUCGCAAGAAUGAGCGCGGCGAAAACGUGGACAUGUUCAUUUCUUUAUCCAAGGACCAGGCAGCCGUCAUAAGAGGGAAGCUCCUCGAGACGCUCGUCAACGAAGCUGAUCGCACAGUAAGGAACAAGAUCAGCGAUGCUGUCGCGGAAGUUGCAAGACAAUACACAGAGAACAACGACACAUGGCCUGAGCUGCUGGGCGUGCUUUUCCAGCUGAGCAUUGCUCCAGAUGUCGGAAAGCGAGAGACUGCGUAUCGUGUCUUCACCACUACGCCUGGGAUCAUCGAGAAACAGCACGAGGAGGCAGUUGCUCAGGCUUUCACCAGAGGCUUCAAGGAUGAGGCAGUCGGAGUUCGUCUUGCAGCAAUGGAGGCAUUCGCUGCUUUCUUCAGGAGCUUGGGCAAGAAGAGCCAGGCCAAAUAUUAUGUCCUCAUCCCCGAGGUUCUCAACAUCCUUCCGCCAAUCAAGGAUUCGCAAGAUUCCGACGAUCUCAGCAAGGCUCUCGUUGCCCUUAUUGAUCUGGCCGAAACUGCGCCGAAGAUGUUCAAAUCCCUUUUCCACAACUUGGUGCAAUUCAGUGUCUCUGUUGUUCAGGACAAGGAGCUUAGUGAUGUGUGCCGUCAGAAUGCUCUCGAGCUCAUGGCCACCUUCGCCGACUAUGCUCCCUCUAUGUGCAAGAAAGAUAGCACUUACACCAACGAUAUGAUCACCCAAUGUCUAAGCCUUAUGACCGAUUUAGGCGAGGAUGACGAUGAUGCUGCCGAAUGGCUCGCUUCUGACGAUCUUGACCAAGAGGAGAGCGAUCAGAAUCAUGUUGCCGGUGAGCAAUGCAUGGAUCGUCUUGCCAACAAGCUGGGUGGCCAAACGAUUCUUCCGCCUACUUUCAAUUGGCUCCCACCCAUCUCCGAAGGCUGCCGGGAGCUAAUGGUUGGUGAGCUCCAGCAAGUUCUUGAUCUUGUUGUACCUGCCCUCAAGGACCCCCAUCCCCGUGUGCGUUGGGCGGGCUGCAAUGCUCUGGGUCAGAUGAGCACCGACUUUGCGCCGACAAUGCAGAAGGAUUACUACGACACGAUUCUCAAGGCUCUGAUUCCUGUACUCGAGUCGCCAGAGGCACGUGUCAAGUCUCAUGCCGCCGCUGCUCUCGUCAACUUCUGCGAGGAGGCUGAGAAGAAGGUCCUCGAGCCUUACCUUGACGACCUCUUGACUCACUUGUUCCAGCUUCUUCAGAACGAGAAACGCUACGUCCAAGAACAAGCUCUUUCUACAAUCGCCACCAUCGCAGAUGCCGCCGAAGAUGCUUUCCGCAAGUACUACAACACGCUCAUGCCACUGCUCGUUGGAGUUCUCCAGAGAGAAAACGAGAAAGAGUUCCGUCUUCUCCGCGCAAAGGCCAUGGAGUGCGCGACUUUGAUCGCGCUUGCUGUUGGCCGCGAGACACUUGGCAACGAUGCUAUGACGCUGGUGCAACUACUCGCCAACAUCCAAUCAAACAUCACAGAUCCUGACGAUCCGCAAGCGCAGUACCUCAUGCACUGCUGGGGUCGAAUGUGCCGGGUCAUGGAGGGUGACUUCCUUCCAUUCCUGCCCAACGUCAUGCCUCCUUUGCUAGAGCUGGCUAGCGCCAAGGCGGAUAUUCAGCUCUUGGACGACGAUGAUCAGGUUGAGCAGAUUCAGCAGGAGGACGGCUGGGAGCUCGUGCCCGUAAAGGGUAAGAUGAUUGGCAUCAGGACGAGCACAAUGGAUGACAAGCAUAUGGCUAUUGAGCUGCUCGUGGUCUAUGCUCAGGUUCUCAAGGGCGCCUUUGCUCCCUACGUCGCCGAGAUCAUGGAGAAGAUCGCCAUUCCAGGCCUUGCUUUCUUUUUUCACGAUCCUGUACGGUACAUAUCCGCCAAGCUUGUACCGCAGCUUUUGAACUCAUACAAGCUCAACUACGGUAACCCGUCGAAUGAGCUGAGGGGUCUCUGGGCUGGUACCGUCGACAAACUCUUGGAGGUUCUAACGGCUGAGCCUGCAAUUGAUACCUUGGCAGAGAUGUACCAGUGCUUUUACGAGUCUGUCGAGGUGCUUGGCAAGGAUUGUCUGGCUCCGCAACAUCUGGACAAGUUUAUCGACUCAGUCCACACAGCUCUCGAAGACUACAAGGACAGAGUGGCCCAGCGGGCGGAAGAUAGGGAGAGCACCAAUCCCGAGGACGCCGAGGAUGAUGCUGAGGAGAUUUUGAUGGCCAUCGAAGACGACCAGACUCUACUCUCUGAUAUGAACAAGGCUUUCCACUCCAUCUUCAAGUACCACGGUGCAGCAUUCCUAAGACCGUGGGAGCGAUUGAUGGGCACCUACGAAGGCUUCCUUCGCUCACAGGAUCCAACCCAGCGCCAGUGGGGUCUGUGCAUAAUGGACGACGUUCUCGAGUAUUGUGGUCCAGAAUCCACACAUUAUGCAAACUACAUCACUCAGCCUCUUAUCGACGGGUGUCAGGAUCCCUCGCCAGCCAUCCGUCAAGCUGCGGCUUACGGUAUUGGAGUGGCCGCCCAUCGUGGUGGUGCUCCUUGGUCUCAGUUCCUCGGUGGCUCCAUUCCAUACCUGUUCCAGGCUACUCAAGUGCCUGAUGCUCGCAGCGAGGACAACGUUUAUGCGACGGAAAAUGCUUCAGCCGCAAUUGCAAAGAUCCUGCACUACAACUCCGGUGCUGUCCAAAAUCAGCAGGAGGUGAUCGUCAACUGGAUUAAUACUCUACCCGUCACGAACGAUGAGGAGGCAGCACCUUACGCAUACGCCUUCCUGGCAGAGUUGAUCGACAAGCAAAAUCCGGCUGUUCUAAGCCAGCCAGAUAAGGUAUUCGUCUACAUUGCUCAAGGGCUCGAGGCAGAUGCCCUUCAAGGUCAGACCGGCCAGCGCGUCGUGGCCGCCGCCAAGCUUCUCCUGACCGCAUCGAAUGUGAAUCCUACGCCUCUUCUCCAGCAGUUUUCACCCGAGUCACAAGCACGCAUCAUGGCGUACUUCAGCUAA